AAACGAAAGUUUCUGUGAUUGAGAUAUCAUCCUCUUUCCGCAAUACUUUUAAACGGGAUUAACUUUCGGCAAAGCUCGUCAAUUGUGAACCAAAAUAUAAAUUUUCAGUAGUAAUUGUUUUACAUGUUUAAACCAGAGAUAAAUUUUCAAGUUCCUCUCGUUCCCAUUGUUGGGGAUGAUUUCUGCUUCCCUUACCUUGUGAACCUAAAUGUGAAGAAGAAAAUUCUUGGAAUUUCACAUAUAAAUAUCGAUGUAUUGGAUGAUAUUGGAAUUUCUCUUCUUCAAGGUAAUGGAAAAGUUUGGCAUCUCAGAAAGAAGAAAAGGAUCAUUUGUGAUCCAGCUGGUUUACCCAUCCUUACUCUGCGCGAAAAGUCACUUUCAUGGCAUAAUACUUGGAAAGUUUAUCGUGCCGGGAGUUCAGAUAGGAAUGAUCUGCUCUACACUGUUAAAAGAUCAAGCCCAAUUCAAAUGAAAAUGCAACUUGAUGUGUUCUUGGCUAGCAAUAUCAGUGGAGAGAUGUGUGAUUUCCAUGUAAAGGGCGCUUACACCAAUCAGUCUUUCAAAGUUUACAAAGGGGACACACUGAUAGCUGAGGUGAAAGAGAAAUUCAAACUUGGAAGCUUCUUCAAAGGAAGAGAAAAUUUUGACCUAAGAGUAUAUCCUGGUGUUGAUUAUGCGUUUAUUGUCUCAAUAUUGAUAAUAUAUAAUGAAAUAUACGGGGAAUCAUAGGAGUUUAUGUCCCUAGACUUAGCAAAUUGGCUGCUUCCUUGCUCCCUUUCUCUUAAUGUACAUAUGUGUCAAAGAGACCCUCUGGAAUUUAGCCUUUAAUGAUGACUAUAAAUAUAUAGAUCAGUUUUUCCCUACUUAAUUUGGUUGAACUGGAAGUGUAUCCAGUUGUAAGUUUCUUCUUUCUUCCUGAUCAUAAAUUAGACUAGCUAGUCAUUUUCAUCUUCAAGCUCUCUUUCUUGGUAGAGUUAAGAAAUAAUGAUGACUAUAAAUAUAUAGAUCAGUUUUUCCCUACUUAAUUUGGUUGAACUGGAAGUGUAUCCAGUUGUAAGUUUCUUCUUUCUUCCUGAUCAUAAAUUAGACUAGCUAGUCAUUUUCAUCUUCAAGCUCUCUUUCUUGGUAGAGUUAAGAAAUAAUGAUGACUAUAAAUAUAUAGAUCAGUUUUUCCCUACUUAAUUUGGUUGAACUGGAAGUGUAUCCAGUUGUAAGUUUCUUCUUUCUUCCUGAUCAUAAAUUAGACUAGCUAGUCAUUUUCAUCUUCAAGCUCUCUUUCUUGGUAGAGUUAAGAAAUAAUGAUGACUAUAAAUAUAUAGAUCAGUUUUUCCCUACUUAA